AUAUCAUAUAAGUACUUGCUUUGAAAAAUAAAAAUAUUCGGAUAAACAAUUAAUUAUUUUUUUUUACAAUUUUUUUUUUUUUUUGCAUAAGGAUAUCAAAAUAAUUUUAUCUCACUUAAUUUUACAUUACACUUUAUUAACCGUUAACUUUGUUACUAUUCGCUAAUUUGAACGGUUAAAUUAUUUUUUUUUAAUAAAUAUUUUUUUGUUUUUUAUUUUUUUUAAAGUUUUUUUUUUAAAGGGAGAUUUGUCGGUUCCUUUUUCACAACAUUAUACCAUCAUCAAGUCACGUGAGGGAAGAUACCAAAAAGACUCUUUAUGUCCCCCUUUUUUAACGUCUGAUAUUUAUUUCAAUUCAAAACUCUACCCCUUUCCUCCAAAGCAAAUCAUCUGUCCUCUCAUAAUUCUUUGCUCUGCGACGGCGCAAGGCUCAAGGGAAGAUCUUGCAACACACCAACACCGCAUACACUUUAAUCAGAAGGAUAUGGCCGACAAUGGUGAUACAUGGUUCAAUGUCACGAUUAAUGAUGAUCAGAAGUUGUAUUAUUUGUGUCUUCCAGAUUAUAUAAAGGAGGAAAUUUCAAGGGGCGUAAGGGAGGUGAAAGUUCAAAGAGGCGAUGAUGACUCCAUUACUUAUGGGGUUAAGCUAAAGAAGGUGAAGACUAAAUCUGGACAUAAGUUGUUUUUUGGAGAUGGUUGGGAGGUCUUUGUGGAGGAAAACAGCGUAGCAUUUGGUGACACAUUAGUCAUCACGGUAAUUUGUGAUGAUUCAUUUAAGGUGGCCAUUUGGAGGGAUGGCGAAGAAGAAACCGAUGAUGUAAUUUUGAUCUCGUCUGAUUCUAGCGAAAAUGGAGAUGAUGAUGCUAAUGAUGGUGCUAAUGAUGGCGAUGACAUUGCCCAAGCUAUACAACAACCACAUCCAAACCCCUUCUUUCCAUUCAAGUUCAUCAAAAGCUACAUUAAAAAACCAACAAUUAACAUUUCUCUACCCUUUGCUCAAGCAAAUUUCAGUGGCCUUGGAGACCCUUGCACUGUUUAUUUGACGAUAAGUCAGACAUGGGAAGCCACAAUGCACGUCAAAAAAAAAUCAACAUGGGAAGAUUGUGGCUUGUACGUUAAGAAAGGAGUCCAAGAACUCAUAAAGGGAGAAGGUGUUACGUUGGGUGCAAAGUUUAUUAUUGAGGUGACUAGUAUGGAUCCACCAACUCUUAGUUUGAGAAGAUAUUGAUAGGUAUUCUGGUAUGGACCCCCGGUUAUCUAACAUUAUUAACUCUUUGUUAGCUUUUAACCUAUAUUAUUUUGUGUUGAUGACACUUGUAAUAGAUGAUUAGCUCAUGGAACUUUUCUGUGUAAUUCUAAUUUAGUACGUUCGAUGUUUAGUUUCCAAAACAGUUUAAGACCAUUCGCCAAUAUAUUGUUAUCAAAUGAAGGCAGAAAUUUCUAAAAUGAUGGAUGUUUUUUUGGUUUUUAUUAAAUCGAUACAUGAG